CCAUUUCCACCUCGUACAUUUUACAAUCCAAUCACCAUGGCAGAUACAGGUAUGCGGGGCACAAACGCCCUCCAAGACUCUAGGUUCAAAGACAAGGAACUGGCGAGCAUCAAAUCUACAAAGUUCCCUAAACAUUUCUCUGAAAAAGUCGAUCUCCGCAAAGUCAACAUCUCCGUGCUCCGUCCUUGGGUUGCUGAAAAGGUUACCGAGCUUAUCAAGGUGGAGGAUGAUAUCGUUGUGGAGUAUGUCUUUGGGAUGCUCGAAGAUCGUGAUAAUCCUACGCCCGACCCGAAGAAGAUGCAAGUUUCCCUCGUAGGGUUCAUGGACAAGUACGGCGCCGCGGCAUUCAUGGACGCUCUUUGGAAACUACUUCUUUCAGCGCAAAAGACUGUUGGCGGUGUCCCUGCCGAAUUUAUCGAAGCCAAGAAACAGGAACUGCAACGAAAACAACAGGAAUCAUCUUCCCUCCCUCUUCCUCCUGCUCCGCCCGCCAUGGCAUCCCAUUCUCAAGCUCGCUCAUCCGGCCCAGCGGGCCGAUCGAGGGCGGAAGAUUACUAUGGGCGUGAACCGCGUGGGGGUGGUGGAGUCCCUCGAGGCAGAGAUGCGCGAGAUGGGCGAGAUGGACUCCCCACCCGGCCAUACCCCCCUGCCCGCUCUCCUCGCCAUCGUUCUCGAUCCCGAUCCCGAUCUCGAUCCCGAUCCCGUUCUCCCCCACCCCGCCGACCUUUUACAAACACCAACUCUGGCCGAUACCCCGACCGACAGCCCGACCGCGACCGCGACCGAGAGUGGGGUAACCGGCGUGGUUACCCAAGGGGAGGAGAAUCAUUUAGAGAUCGAGCUAGAGACGAGGGAUGGGGUUCCCGCGGCGGCGGCUCGUCCGUCAAUCCGAGAGAAAGAAAUGCCCGUCGUCCUACCCCACCACGCCGUCCUACCCCACCACGCCGUCCUUCCCCACCGCGCCGUCCUUCCCCACCACCUACCGCCCAAAUUCGAAUCCGAGGCCGAGGCAGGGGUCGGUCUCUCUCACGUUCCCUUUCCCGUUCGCGUAUUCCCUCUCGGUCCCUCUCACCGCCUGUUCGUCGGGACCGCGGCCACGGACGGAAAUACGGACAAGACUCUGACCGUGGUAGGAGCCUGAGCCAAAGCAGAAGCCGAAGCAGGAGCAGGAGCGACACCCCUCCGCGUACACAGACACGAAAACGCCCGCGAUCCGUGCGCUCACGAUCACGCUCUCGAUCACGCUCUCACUCUCGCUCUCGAUCUCGCUCGCGGACACCUGUAAGACAAAGGACGAGGGAUUACACGCCAACACCGGAGCUGUGAAUAAGUAGCGGGUGAGCGGUGAGCGGUGAGCGGGGGGUUAAUUAAUAACAAUGAAAUGCAUGAACAAGAUAAUCUGGGACAAGUAUACGGGGACAAGUGAGUCAGUAGCAGGUUAUGAUGGUCUAUAUAUGAUAUGCAGCGGCUGCCGCGUGAUUCAGGGCCG